AGAGAGACAGCCAGGCACCUAUGUGUGCCGUACUGUGCCUCUGGCGGGUGCACCGGACUGCGCUGGGCCGGGCCUUUUUCUCUGGUCUUCACCAUCCGGAUGGUGCUCUCCGGCCCCGCCCCGUCUGGCCUAGUCCGGCCUGCCUGAGUCCCGCAAGCUCUGCAGGCAGGCUAGCGGGUCGACCCCAGCCCCACGUCCUGCCACCCGCCUGCCAAGGAUCCGGGGAUGGGCAAGCGCCACCCAGCCCGCUCCAGACUCAGCAUUGGGUCUCAAGGAGGCCGAGUGACGCUCCAGAAUGGGAGACAAGCCAAUUUGGGAGCAGAUUGGAUCCAGCUUCAUUCAACAUUACUAUCAAUUAUUUGAUAACGACAGAACUCAACUAGGCGCAAUUUAUAUUGACGCAUCAUGCCUUACGUGGGAAGGACAGCAAUUCCAGGGGAAAGCUGCCAUUGUGGAGAAGUUGUCUAGCCUUCCGUUCCAGAAAAUCCAGCACAGCAUCACGGCGCAGGACCAUCAGCCCACGCCAGAUAGUUGCAUCAUCAGCAUGGUUGUGGGCCAGCUCAAGGCUGACGAAGACCCCAUCAUGGGGUUCCACCAGAUGUUCCUAUUAAAGAACAUCAACGAUGCUUGGGUUUGCACCAAUGACAUGUUCAGGCUUGCCCUGCACAACUUCGGCUGACCUCCUCCCAGCCAGGCACUCAUGCUGUUUGCUCCUCCCUCCUCUUCCCAGUACUAUUCACACUCCUCCAGAUGCUCCAAAUAUCAUACACAAAUGAGCAGGACCCGGUGGGAGUGGGCGCAGUGCGCUGCUGCUACUGAGGUGUUGUGCAUGAUGUUUGGAAGCUAGACUAGUUGCAUCUGACAGGAGAAGUUUGUGUUGUACCAGCGCAUGCCUUGGAAAGACUUAAGUAAUGCAAAAGGUUGUCUCUCUCUUUUUUUUUUUAAUCUACUGACAAGUUGCUCUAGUAACCCAAAGAAGUGAAGGAGAAAGCAGCUGCCUCACCGCCCAGAUAAUUGAUUUGUUCAGAUGUUUCAAUGCCUCAUGAUACAAUAAAACCACGAAAAUUUUCUUAACAGUUUAAA